GUUGUUGCCAUGGUAAUCAUUGCGUUUUGGUGUUUAGAAACACGGAACUGGCUUGGUGUCCGGUUUUUGUGGAGAUGACCUACGAUGACGUCAUGGCGGUGGAUAUACCAGAGUUCCUACAAGCCUUGGGGCUUCCCCCUAUUGAGAUUGAAGAUUGGACAGGCCUUUCAGGCAUCUCUCUAGCACAAGAAUUUCAAAACCCCAAAUGGCAAACCAAAACUAAAACUAAAAAUAAGAAAAUUGCUGAGGGACUGAUAGCUCUAUAA